AAAUUAUCUAUCAGCCAAAGCCCAAAAGCCGCCAUUUGAAAAACCCUCUGAUAUUGCCAUUUCUAAAGAGAGAGAGAAAGGGAGGGCGGGAGUGAAUAGUGACAGAGGAGGGAAGCACUUGUCGAAAACGACGCCUUUGACGGAGUUCCCGGAGAAACCCUGUCGAAGUAAACCCUAAUUUUUAUUUGGAUGAGGGUGUUGAUUUUGUUGGUUUUCAGCACCUGGUUCAUCUGUUUUUAAGAUGUUGUCUAUCGUUUAUGUGCUACUUGACUGCCUAAAUGAGGCCAUAUUUGGGUGAUUCAGAGUUUUCCCAUCUAACCCUUCACUUGCUCUUAAAAUGAAUACAAGAAACAGUCGGGUUUCUAGGGGUCAGAAGUCAAAAAAUUUUCAGGGUGAGGGGCCAAAUUGGAUUCUCAUCGCUGGUGGUGCUUUGCUAAGUACUUUAUCAGUUAGACUUGGUUACAAGCUGAAGCAGGCACUUGACAUAAAGCAGCAGGACAAUGCUACUGCCAGCUUGAAAGGGAAUGGAACUUCUGAUAGAAGGAGAUCGUCAGGUUGCCGAUUGCAUUCAAACAUGUACGCAUUUACUGAAGAAGAUGAUGGUUGUCUCAACUGCAUGUCAGGAGCUGAAAACAUAGAGAAGCACCCACCCAAUGGACAGAUACUGCCAGAAUCUGAGGUUGCUCUCCCUCUGGUGACAGUUCCCACCUCUGAUUUCAGCAAGGAUAAUGGUGUUAUGUGGGCAUCAUCUCCAGAUCGCCUUGAGUUGCCUCCUAGGCCAUUUCAUCAUUCUAACUGCUCUGACUCACCAUGUGUCUCAGAAUCUGGCUCUGACAUAUUUAGCAAGCGGGAAGUGAUACAGAAACUAAGGCAACACUUAAAACGAAGAGAUGAUAUGAUUCUGGAGAUGCAGGAUCAGAUUAUGGAACUGCAGAAUUCACUGAAUGCUCAGGUGACACACUCAACUCACCUACAAUCACAACUGGAUGCUGCAAAUAGAGACUUGUUCGACUCUCAGAGAGAAAUCCAAAGGCUGAGGAAGGCAAUUGCAGAUCACUGUGUAGGACAUGGUGGCACAAAUAAGAUGACAUCAAUCGAUACAGCUUGGCCAUCAGACAAAAGAAAUGGCCAUGCUAAUGGGUAUCUUGAUGGGGAGAGAAACUCAGACUCCCCUGAGAAGGGAAGGGGGGAUGGGGAGAGAAUUGAGAUGCUGAAGAGAGAAGUAGGAGAACUAAAAGAGGUGAUAGAAGGGAAAGAGUAUUUGCUGCAGAGCUACAAGGAGCAGAAGCUGGAGCUUUCCAUGAAGAUCAAGGAGUUGCAUCAGAGAUUGGAUUCCCAGCUCCCCAACAUUUUGUAGGUACUAUUUAAGAUAAUACGCAUUCUUGCUUUGUUUUCCCCUGUUUCUUCCUUCAAUUUGAGGUUAAAGAAAAUGCCUUUUUUCCCUCCUUUCUUUCCUAGUGUCGUUGGCUUUAAGUAUAAUGUUGGAUGAUACGUUCUUUGCCUGUGCAUCUGUAUGUAUGAGAAUGAGAUAUGAGUGAGAGAAAGAAGAGGGAAAAGCAAAGUAGGCACCACUAUAUUGGUUUGUUAUUUAUUUUUCCCUUGCUUUGCGAGUGUCUUUCUUCCUGUAGAAAUUAGAAACCAAGUUUUCUGAGUGUUAGGACCGUUUUUUUUUGGCACAAAGUCAAUUGCAUCUAGGAAAAGGGUUGUAAAUAUUGUGUGAUUCUGAUGCUAGACUUGUUUGAUAUGUUCUUUUAAGGUUGGUUGCAUGAGCCAUAUGAACUAA